AUGCAGGUCGAUGUAGAUCUGAAGCUUGAUGGCUUCUUUUCUCAGUGGCUGACAGAUGUAUCAACAGUUAAAAUUCUUAAUGAAAUUGCCGCUGCAGCAGAUGCAUUAGAACAAGGAAAAGAAGUAGAUUUCGAUUUUGGUUUGUUUAAUGAAACAAAAACAACAUCACGUCCACAGCCAAAACUCCCACAGACAAUGGUUACACCUCAGAAGUCCGUUAUCAACCCAACGAUGACAAAAUCAAACCUCGGAAGAAUUCAAUUAGAGCCAUAUCAAAAUGUUCAAAUUCCAACAUUCUACGGACCAGGUGAUACAUCACAGGAGAUGAACGAAGUCAAGGCUUUGAUCAAAGGAGACUCAAUUACAACGCAAAUUCUUGAUGUCAUCCUCAAAGAUCAAUGCAGCCUUCCAGGAUGCUUCGCUCCAGUUAUCAUUAAGUUAUACGGCUCAGAUGUUACCAAAUUCUUGAGUUUUUACGAAAAACACAUUGCAGGCCGUGAUCCCGAUGAAAGAUUCUUCAGAUUCUGCGCCGGACCUCACAAAAAUGCUAUUAUUCCAAAUGAUUUGACAUUAUUUGUUCAAUCCAUCAUUGAAACUCAUGAAUCUCUUAAUUUCCUUGAAAACGAGCCACUCUUCCAAGAAAAAUUCGUCGACUUUAUUGUUACAAGGUGCUUCUACCAGAUGGACACAGAAUUAAGAGGAACAGCCAAUGUUACUCAAUUUAGAAAAUAUGGUAUGGCUUCUAUCUUCCUUAACGCCUUCAUGAUGCCCGAUAUCAACGAGACCCAUCAUAUCUUCAACUACCAGCACUUCUACGUCGCUUUUUGCAAGUUCUGGGAUCUUGAUGUAGAUAAUGAUGGAUUUAUCUGCAAAGAUGAUAUGCUUAAGUUCAAUGACUCAACAAUAUCGCCAUUGAUCAUCGAUAGAUUCUUCAAAUCUACAGCAUAUCCAAGAAAUCAGUCGAAGAGACAAAACAUCGACUUCCCGGCCUUCUCUUACUUCUUAAUGUCAAGCGAAGACAAGACAAAUCGCACUUCCAUCAAUUUCUGGUACAGAAUUUGCGAUCUUGAUGACGAUGGAAUUCUUUCUAUGUCAGAAAUCGAACAACUAUACGCAGUUCAGUUCGAGCAGAUUAAAAUGACAGGUAACGAAACAAUUCCAUUCGAAGAUAUCCAAAAACAACUUAUCGACGUAAUUUCACCUACAAAUCCGGCUUAUGUUACUGUGGAAGACCUUAUCAGAUCAAAGCAGGCUGACAUGUUCUUCAACACACUCUUCGACAUCCAGAAAUUCCUUACAAAAGAAUACUCCUUCCCUAUAGUCAGCCCUUCACUCGACGAGGCUACAAAGGCUCUCACUCCUUGGGAAACUUACGUUCUCCACGAAUACGACCAACUAGUUAGCGAUUCUUCUUAA